GUAUUUUUAUUAGUGAUCAAAAUCAAAACAAAACUUUAGAAUAAUAGAUGUUAUUAAAGACUGUAAAAAUGUGGAAGAGAGUAGACCCGGUCAAUGAGAGAGAUCUAAUAUUUCAUGAAUUAAUAGACGAAUGCAGGCACGCUGUACCCAGUGCAAGGUUAUCAAACACUUUGCGCAAUAAAUUGGAAAAAUACCCUCUGGAAGUGCGACGGGACAUUGUGAAUAGAAUAAAAAUUGGCUGUUGUCCGUUGUUUAUCGCUUGCAAAAAGGGACAAACGGAAAUCGUCGAAUAUCUCAUCAACGUUUGCGGAGCUGACAUCGAACAGAAAGGCAUAUACGAAGUGCCUGAAGACAGGUCUACUCACGUCGUAACGCCUUUGUGGUGCGCCUCCGUUUCGGGCAAACUAUCCAUAGUCGACAUUUUACUCAGAAGCGGUGCAGAUAUUAACGCCUUAUCGGAUACAGGGUCUACUCCCGUCAGAUCAGCAUGUUACAUGACACACUUCGAAAUUGUUAGGUAUUUAGUCGAGCACGGGGCCGAUAUAAACAAACCCAAUUACAACGGGGGCACCUGUUUGAUUAACUCUGUACAGUGCGCUUCAUUGUGUGACUUUCUAUUGAAAAACGGUGCGGAUGUUAAUGCGAGAGACAUUCAGAACAAAAGUGCUCUUCAUUAUGCGAUACAAGAACAUAGGUUAGAAACGACGAAAUUACUUCUAAAACACAAUGCAAAUUACAACGCCAAAUCAAGAUAUGGCGACGACGCCCUUCAAAUGGCUUGCCUGAAAGGCGCCACUCGAAUAUUCGAAUACCUUGUAGCCAACAUCGAUUACGAACCGGAACAAUUGGCUAAUGCCCACGAACUCAUGGGCUCCACUUACCUAGACGAAUAUAACGACAUAGUGAUAGCUCUGUUUCAUUGGAAUAAAGCACUGGUAAUAAGACAAACACAUGGUUUAUUCCCGAAGCAGCCAAUAAUGACACCGCAAGAAGCUUAUAGGUACCAGAAGGAAUUCGAAACGAUGGAGGAACUAGGAGAUAUCUCAGUAGAUUUAGAUUUAAUUCGAAUACAAAGUUUACUUAUUGCUGAACGGAUUUUAGGUCCACAUCACAAAGACACGAUAUUUAGGUUAAUGUACCGGGGGGCGGCUUAUGCGGACGUGAUGCGAUAUCAGCGUUGCAUCGACCUGUGGCGACGGGCCCUGCAAAUUCGUAUCGAAAAAGACUCAAUUUUAUACACGGACACCGGCUUUUCGGCCCAAGCACUACUAAGACUGAUGAUGGAUUACCACGUGCAAUCGUUAAUGAACGGCGAGCAAAAUAUACAGCGCAGAUUUCACGAUGUGGUUUCCGUAUUUAAUCUCAUGACAGACAAUAUUGUCGAAAUUCGAAAACUUUUAACUAUUAGACCUGUUUACAAAAGACAAGCGGACUUCUUCGAUAAAAUGUUGAAAUGCAUAACGCAUUUAAUCUAUUUAAUGGUGGAAACGAUGACUUCCGACGAAGAGAUAUUGUUCGUAAAAAAACUGGUAACGGAUUUUUUGAAGAAGAAUAUCAGAUGCGUUAUCGUCGACGACACCAUAUUACAUUUAUGCGUUUCCAUUUUCAACACGAUUAAAUCUAACUAUUUCAUGGACGAAGAACCGAUUAUGAUAUUUCCACGGGAAAACGUCAUAAAAUGUCUACUGGAAUGUGGAGCACCAGUUAACGUCAAAAAUGAACUAGGUUUCACUCCUUUGCACACCAGUAUGGUACCUUAUAAUAAUUAUUCGGAUUGGUUGGUGAAAUUACUAUUGGAAUAUGGUGCCCACAUAGAUCAACCGAAUCCCUCAGGCUUGGUACCGCUCGACGAGAUUAUGAAGCACCAACAGUCGGAUUUGUUCGUUCUAAAUUAUUUGACGCUGAAAUGCAUGUGCGCAACGGUGAUUUGUAAAUACAAAAUUCCCUACGCAAAUCAGAUACCGAAGACGCUUGAGCAGUUUGUUAAACUCCACCAACCAUAGAGUUUGUUAUUUAUUUGAGAGUCUAAGAAAGUUGAUAUUUCUCACUAAACUUAAUUCCAAAGUGUGUUAAUUUAUUUUUUCUUGUGGUAUUAUUGUAGUUAUGUUAUUGCAAAAACGAGA